GCCCGAUCUGUUUUAUGCCCUAGCUGCAGCUCGCCUCUGGUCUCCCUCGUUUCCUUUCCCCGGAACUCCUCAACUCGGGCGCUCGAUUCCUGGCUUCGCCUCGUGCAGAGUUGUUCAGACAUGACUGCUUGCAAGCAGACUGCAUCCACGGGCGCCGCCGCCACGGACGAGGCCGACAGCAAGUCGGCAGCGAAGAGCGAUGGUGUGGAGGAGCGGAAGCCCUCGACCAAGUGCAGGAAGGGGAAGAAAGCCAAGGGCAAGUUGGCGGUGAAGAGCAAUGGUGCGGAGAAGCCCAAGACCCAUGACCUUUCCGAUGUUACACUGGGGUUGGCGGUGAUGAGCAUUGCAGAGGAUGAAACGCUCGCCCUGCUCACCUACCAGAACCAGUUCUGGAUGAGGCACUUCAAAGACGUCUGUGACAGGCCGUCAGUAGAUGCUAUUAGAAAGCAAGCUGCUGAAAAUUGGAAAUUCUUUAACGAUUCGGACAAGGCCCCUUAUGUAGCCAAGGCCCGUGUGCUCAAAAUAGGCAGGGCUCGGAUUGCUGAGUUCAAGAAGAAACUGAUGUUGACGGAGGAGAUGACAAACAAGAUGGUGAAUCUGAAAAUGUGAACACACAAGAUCUCUAAGAUGUGUCUGAACUCUGAAUAGCAGAAUUAUUCAUGUGUGAGCACCGGAGUAUUGUUUGCUUGCAGAAAUGUCUUGGUGGAUGGCACAAUUACUGCAACCAACUCACAACCUGACUCUGUCUGGGCCGGCACUUGGAGGGUUGAGAUGCAGGUGCAGUUGAAGCUGCCUUAUGGACAAUACUAGUACUCCCUCCGUUCACUUAUGUAAGACCUUUUAGAGAUUUAAGACAGCACCUAAAACAGUUCAAUUUCAGCUGUCCUAAACGACUUACAAAAGUGAACAGAGGAAGUAUUAAAUAUGUUUGUGCUCCUGGCUUUAGAUGUUUAACUCUUUGUAAUGUUUGCUUAGUAAGUACUACCACUAUCAAAUUGUAAGACGCAUUUUGGUUUUGCAUAGGGCACGAGGGAGGGAGUAAUUUUUAACGUCUGUUAAUUUUUUUUCA